AUGUCGUUCUUUCGGUCGCUGAUCCUGUUGACGGCGAGCUUUUACCCUAUUGUUACAUAUGCCUUCGUUGAUUUUGGAUAUUCUACCCUGCCCUAUGAACCGUUACAUCAUCCCACUCCCAAACCGUAUCAGCUGCCCAAAGAUUCAGACCUUCGCUUCGAAAUCCUCCCGUCGAUGAUCACGGCCGUGGCCCCUUCCAUCACCAUUGCAGCCAACGGGACCAGGGAAACAUUGUACAGUCUUCACUACCAUCACUAUUUCAGCAAGACACGGCAGGGAAAGGGUCUUUUCAAGCGAGGCGUAUUUGCCAAUGAUCCUCCCAUUGCGACCUGCACGCCUUGCGGAGGCGCUGUGUCUACUGGCAAUUCCAGCUCGAGUUCGACCACGCCAACAGCAUCAUGUACAACACAUUAUUAUCAUGGCGUCUUCCAAUACCCAGACCCGGCAAGCACAACCUCGUACUGCUAUAAUUCCAACUACACGGGCGUGUUCGAACCAAGUACAACCUCGUCGAGCGGCUUGCCGUGCUGCUUUACGAUUCCGGCCUCAUAUUCGACCUCCACAAUGUCAGGAACAACAUCCACCACUUCGAGUUCCAGUGUGCUCUCAAGCGUGCAGUAUACAUCGGGCACAUCGUCCAGGACAUCGUCGACCACGAGUCCGUCAGCAUCAGUUUCCAUCAUUGUUGUGUCUAGCACCACCAUUACCAUCACCAACAGUGGCUCGUCGACCACCACUACUGGCUCCGGAACAUCCUCGACGUUGUCCACGUUGACAGUAAUCACUGCCACACCCGUGACGUCGACUACUUCGGUGGUCUUUACUAAUAUCACAACUACCGUGCCGAACACGAUUGAAGGAUGCGGAACUGCUUCCGGCAGCGGUGUAGUUGAGGGAACAGGGACAGUAUAUCUCGCCGACACAUCUAUCGUAGCCUCCGGGACCGCAAGUGGUUCGGCAUCCCAAGUUGUUGGAUGCGGCACAGUCGUCGCCACGAGCGGCACGUUCACGGGCUCCGCUAGCAUCACUGGAUGUGGCUAUGGGUCUGGAACCGGCACUCUCACCGGCACUGGCACGAUAUGGCCCGCUGCAGGAGGCGGUCUUGUGUCACGAGUGGGCUCGGGAAUCGUGAGCGGAAAUGGAAGGUUUGAAGGUUGCGGAACAUUGACCGGCUCAGGCACAUUCGUCGCCACAGGCCCAUAUACAACCGUGAUCGGCGCACCUGUAACUACCAGCUCAGGCUCAGCUAGUUCAACACGGUCCCGGUCCGUAACCACCAUCGAAGUCUACGUUUCGUAUUGUCCUGGACCCAUGGACGGUGCUGCCGCUCUCAAAUUCGGGACCAACUCGACUUCUCCCACUUCUCCUACUUCUCUCAAUAACAGCACCAACAACUCCUCAUCGCACGAUUCUGGUCCCGCACCAUAUUCCGGUCCAGAUUCCGACGCAAACCCCCGCUUCAUCGUUCCAACGACCCACGGCUCCGGCACCAACGGCACCACUAAUGGAACAGAUAUCACCAGCGAUAAUGCACUCUGUAACACGUGUCCUAACAGCGUGGGAAUCUGUUGUCCGCCCACAGUCGACUGCGACGACGACGAUGGCAAGUGUCCCCUGUUUGCGCUGGAGAAUUCGCACAACACUAUCAAUGGGUAUUUGAUUGCUCAGGUCAUGAAUAGUACGGCCGCUGUGGCGGGGAGGAAGAAGGUGCGUGGGUUGAUGAAGCCGAAAACGCCCAAGAGAGAUAACGAUGUGCUGGGCGACUCGAACCAUUUGAUCGGUAGUGGCUAUGACGAUGACACCACAACCACCAAUGUCAAGGUGAAGAAGGGCCAGGGGCAGGUCCACAAGCAUCACCAUGGUCAUAACGCGGCCAAGAAGGCUCAUAAGAGACAGUUCUAG